AUGAGGAAGGAGAGGCGGAAGAUUAGGAUUGUGACAUAUAUAAGACGGGGGUAACAACGAAACACACUACUGCAGAUUGAAGCGCGAUUGUCUUCUGGUUGAUCAAAGGUGCGCAUCGUCCACAACGCGACUGAAUUUUGCUUUUUCCUCGUCUCACAGUUAAUUACUCAGGUAUAGCAUUUAAGAUGGCUCAACAAAACAAAACUUAUGUUACAACAUGUAUCACUAAAGUUACGAAGGCGAAUGGAGAAGUGGUUGAGACGGUAAAAGAGGAAAAAUUUGGCGAAGACACGAUUCCAGAAAGUUUUAAACAAUUUUUAGAUUCAAAACCAGAGGAUAAACCAAAAAAGAGCAUUGAAGGAUCUCCUGAAGAGCAAAAGAUGGAACUUGAAAGGUCAGCUUUGGAAGCCCAUAACCGUCACCGUGCCAAGCAUGGUGUGCCGGAUUUGACAUUGGCUGAAGAUCUGUGUGAGAUGGCCCAAAAGUGGGCUGAUUAUUUGGCUUCCAUUAAUACCCCAAAACACAGUGAUGAAAACCAUAGAGGGGAAAAUGUUGGGGAAAAUUUGGCUAACAAAUGGUCAUCUGAUGGUGAGCUUCUGACAGGUGAAGAAGCUACAAACAUGUGGUAUAAUGAAAUCAAAGACUAUGAUUUUGACAAACCUGGAUUUCGUUCGGGUAUAGGUCAUUUCACCCAAGUGGUGUGGAAGGAAAGCAAGGAGUUUGGCAUUGGAAGAGGUCGUACUGCAAAUGGUGGCAACUUUGUGGUGGCCAAUUACAGACCAGCCGGAAAUUACAAUGACGAUUUUGCGAAAAAUGUCUUGAAACCAAAGGCAUGAAAUGCAAAUUCAUAUAUAUCAUGUCCUUAUUUAAAAUUGUUUGUAAGAGUAUACAUAUAUAUAUAUAUAUAUAU